AUGGUGUCUGAUGAACCAUCAUUAGCGGCCAAUCAUUUCCUCGCGCACGAUGUGGAGGUAUUAUCCUCAAAUGGGUUCGCACUCGUAAUCUGCAACAAUAAGGACCAGGAUUCAGAUGGAAAUCUCCGAGAUAUUCUGGUAUCUACAUACUCCAUCCUGUUCUUCGGGACACCCCAUUUUGGCGUAGAAGAUCCUCUCCCCGGGACAACUGAUCGCCUUCUAUCAAUACCCAUGUAUACGACAAAUGUCAUUCUUAAAGUCCUUCAGCCAUAUUCACCCGAGCUCGAAAACAUACAGAAGCUUUAUCUCGAGGUGAGCAGGAAAGUAAAAAACGUAUUCUUCUACGCGGAAUACGAGGCUCUUGUCGGAAAUCGUCGAAGGAGGCUGAACGUUCGAGCUCACUCGGCAGUCAUCCCGGGUGACCGCAGUGCCGUAUGGGAGGUACUACACAGUGACCAUCAAACCUUAGUCAAAUUCUCUUCUCGAGAUAGUGACAACUACAAGACGGUGCUUUUCUAUCUCAAGGAACAUUUCGCAAAAGCUUCACGUGCAGUAGACGACAAGUGGCUCGAUGCCAUGAGACAGGACCCCCUCAAAGCAGUUUCUGAGAUUUCUCAUCUAUUCUUUGAAAACCAUGAGUACAAAGUACUCAGGGAUAGUCUUGAAGCACAUAUAUCCAUCUUGGAUGAAGGAUAUCUCCAGACAGUCAAGGAUGGACAUAUGGACCAAAUGCCUGACGCGCUCAAGGAGUUCAACGAUGCAUGGAAACAUUACAUUGUCACUCUAAGAAACAUACUCGCCAGAAUGGAUGGGUUGAAUCGCAGUAGAGAUCAAGGCGUCAAAGGGUCUAUCGAAAAGAUCAAGGGCACCAAAAUUGACACAAGAGAUAUUGCAGACUACAAACAGGAAAUCUUACAAGCGACACGCAUAUGCAAGGAUGCGGCCAAUUUCUGUCAAAAUCAGCUGCAAGCGGAAGUGUGGAAAGUAGCCCGACUCGAGCCCGAAAAGCCUCGUCCAAUGGGCACUCAGCACAAGACGUGUCUACCAGGUACACGUGUAGCGAUUUUGCAGGAAAUUCGGCAAUGGCGUCUGGAACCCAAUGCAGACAAGUGCAUCUUUUGGCUCUGUGACGUUGGUGGGUCUGGAAAGUCUACAGUCGCGUUGACGAUGUGCAAGGAAUGGGAUAAUACCGAAGAUGUUCUGGUUGGUCGGUUCUUCUUUUCGAAGAAUGCUCGACAGACAUCGGAGACGGAUGAUUUCUGCUCUGUCAUUGCGGAAGAUAUCGGUGCGCGAAACAAAAUAAUUUUAAAACAAAUAAAGAUGAUCAAAGAGGAAGAUCCUCACCUUCUCAUACGAGAACUGCGCUAUCAGUUCACCAAACUCAUCGAAGAACCAUUGCAACUUGCAGAGACGGAUAUUGUCCUCGUGAUCGACGCAAUGGAUGAGUGCAAGAAGGAGAUGAGGGUAGAUUUGAUCAACCUACUGGUUGAGAAGCUUUCAUCAAUGCCUAAACUCAAACUCUUUAUAACGAGCCGGCCAGAGCCAGACAUCACGGCGAUACUCCAGGGUAGAGCGAUUGUACGCGGAAUGCAUUUCAAGAUGCACGGCAAAGAGCAGCAGUCCAACUUGGAUGAUAUUAGGUCCUACGUCGUGUACAUCUUGUCAAACUGCUUACCGCGCCUCAGCGCCAGGUGUGGAACGCUCAAAUGGACUUUUAUUUGGAUCACGAGCACAUCUCUCGAGCUACGAGGGCUCAUGGUCCGGAUGCACUUGGUGCAACUCUCAGAUCCCUCUUGA